UCCAUUCGUGCAUAUAACCUAACCACCCAUUUCGCCUUCUCUCCACUCUCUCUCCUCUCCCUCUCUCUCUCUCUCUGUCUCUCUCUCUCGGGGUAUUGCAAGAUAGUAGCUAAUUAACCAGCCUUUGGCCUUCAGUUUCCCCAUCGGUUCAUCAGAGCACGCCUUCAAUUUCCUAAUCAAUCUCCCAUAUAAUUCCCCUUAGCUUGUAUGCCUAUCAUUAGUACUUCUUGUGUUGUGUUGUCUUCUUGCCUUCUUUGAGCUAGAGCUAGCUAGGUUUGUGACCUGCUGUACGUGCGUGUGUUAAUUAGAUAGAUGUCUUAGAUCUGGGAGAGAGCGAGGAGAUGGGGAGGGGGAAGAUAGUGAUAAGGAGGAUAGACAACUCGACGAGCAGGCAGGUGACGUUCUCGAAGCGUCGGAACGGGCUUCUGAAGAAGGCGAAGGAGCUAUCCAUCCUCUGCGAUGCGGAGGUCGGCCUUGUCGUCUUCUCCAGCACCGGCAGGCUCUAUGAGUUCUCCAGCACCAACAUGAAAACUGUGAUAGACCGGUAUACCAACGCAAAGGAGGAGCUACUUGGCGGGAAUGCAACUUCAGAAAUUAAGAUUUGGCAGAGGGAGGCAGCAAGCUUGAGGCAGCAACUGCACAACUUGCAAGAAAGCCACAAGCAACUGAUGGGUGAGGAGCUUUCUGGCCUAGGUGUUAGAGACCUACAAGGUUUAGAGAAUAGGCUUGAAAUAAGUCUACGUAAUAUCAGAAUGAGAAAGGACAAUCUUUUGAAAAGUGAAAUCGAGGAGUUACAUGUGAAGGGAAGCCUAAUUCACCAGGAAAACAUCGAACUUUCUAGAAGCCUAAAUGUCAUGUCGCAACAAAAAUUGGAACUGUAUAACAAGCUUCAGGCCUGUGAACAGAGAGGUGCCACAGAUGCAAAUGAAAGUUCCAGCACUCCAUACAGCUUUCGUAUCAUACAAAAUGCUAAUAUGCCUCCUAGUCUUGAAUUGAGCCAAUCACAGCAAAGAGAAGGGGAGUGCAGCAAAACAGCUGCUCCAGAACUGGGCAGACUUCAUCUGCCUUAAGACUAUGCCGUACAAGCUGGACGAUAAGUGAUCAAUUUCAAACAAGCACAAAGCCUUUCAGAUGCAAGUAGUAUUUUUGUGAUAGCUGAGACAAUAAAAAAGUGUACAGACUACAGACUGGACAGAUUAUGUUGUCGGAUGCUCAUGUAAUGACUGUGGUGUAAUAAGAAAUACGUAGUAUAAGUUUGUAACCCUGCUUACUCUCUAUUGCUUUCUAGAAAAGCUCAACCAAAACUCUGAAAAGUCUUUGGACUGAAAAGGUUGUAACAAUGUUUACCAGGAAGGUGCUUUGGUGAUGAAAAAAGAGUUGUCACUAUGCCUAA